AUGAAGAGCAAACGUGCGCAAGAGGUCGAGGCCGCUGCCGCUGACAAGCCGGCCAAGGCUCAGGACUAUGCGACUCCUCUCUCCAAGAAGCGCAAGCGCAGCGGCGACAACGAGGUAGAGGACAGCGCCAAAAAGGCCAAAAAGGCCAGAAUGGACAAGAAGGAGAAGAAGGAAAAGAAGAAGAAGAAGCAGGCCGAGAAGGCGAGUCGUAAGGACAAGAAGAAUAAACGCAAGGACCUUAAGGACCUUCCGGGCGAGGACGACAACGACGCGGAGGCUGCCAAUGGCGACGUGAACGACCAGCCCGCGACCAAGGAGACGAAGAAGAAGGAUAAGUCAAAGUACAACAACAAGAAGGACAAGAAGGACAAGGAGGAUAAGAAGGAGGAAGAGACUGUCGAAAAGGGCAAGAAGGACGAAAAGGACGAAGAGGACGAAAAGACGCCCAAGAAAGAGUCCAAAAAGGACAAGAAGAAGACAUCCUCCUCGGACGAGACGACGGCAGCUGCGGCUCCCGAAGAUGCCAUUCCCAACGGCGCCAGCAAUGGCAUUGACCUCGACGUGGAGGAUGCCAGCGCCGCCGCUACCGCCGAGGACAAGGACGACAAGGCGGCGCGCCACAUUGUGUUUGUCGGCAACCUGCCGUACACGGCGACGGCGGCCAGCAUCUCGGCGCACUUUGCGUCGCUGUCGCCCAUUGCCGUGCGGUGCCUGACGCAAAAAGGCGGCGACCCGUCGCACACCUGCAAGGGCAUCGCCUUUGUCGAGUUUGCCAAUGCCAUUACGCAGCGUACCUGCCUGGACCGGUUCCACCACAGCGAAUUUGACGAUGGGCACUCGCCGGCGCGCAAGAUUAAUGUCGAGCUCACUGCUGGCGGAGGCGGCAAAUCCGAUCACAGAACGGAAAAGAUUCGCGAAAAGAACCGCAAGCUCGACGAUAACCGCGCCAAGCGCAUUGAAAAGGAAAAAGCUGCCAAGAACAGUGACGACAGCGCCGACGGCGCCGGCGGCGCUGGCGGAGGUGGCGGAGGCGAGAGCGGCACGAUGGAGGAGCAGCAGGAGCACAUGGACGAGCAGGUUCAUCCGAGCCGCCGCGCGCAGAUGGGCAGCGAUGCGCCUCCCGAAGACAACUUCCAGAACGGUAGUGGAGGCGGUGGAGGAGGGCGUCGCGGGGGAUGGGGCGGUCGUGGCAGGGGAGGUGGUGGUGGCCGCGGACGGGGAGGCCGUGGAGGCGGCGGCCGUGGACGGGGAGGACGGAAUCGGUAG